GCGGGCGGCGGCGGGGCCAUGGGCAAGGACUACUACCAGACGCUGGGCCUGGCCCGCGGCGCGUCCGACGAGGAGAUCAAGCGGGCCUACCGGCGCCAGGCGCUGCGCUACCACCCGGACAAGAACAAGGAGCCGGGCGCGGAGGAGAAGUUCAAGGAGAUCGCCGAGGCCUACGACGUGCUCAGCGACCCGCGCAAGCGCGACAUCUUCGACCGCUACGGGGAGGAAGGCCUGAAGGGCAGUGGCCCCAGUGGCGGGAGCAGCGGCGGCGCUAACGGCACCUCUUUCAGCUACACAUUCCACGGAGACCCUCAUGCCAUGUUCGCCGAGUUCUUCGGCGGCAGGAAUCCCUUUGACACCUUUUUUGGGCAACGCAAUGGCGAGGAAGGCAUGGACAUAGAUGACCCGUUCUCUGCUUUUCCCAUGGGAAUGGGCGGCUUCCCCAACUUUGGACGCUCGCGGUCUGCCCAGGAGCCCACCCGGAAGAAACAGGACCCCCCAGUCACCCACGACCUGCGGGUCUCCCUGGAAGAGGUCUACAGCGGCUGUACCAAGAAGAUGAAGAUCUCCCACAAGCGGCUGAACCCGGACGGAAAGAGCAUUCGCAACGAAGACAAGAUCCUGACCAUUGAAGUGAAGCGGGGCUGGAAAGAAGGGACCAAAAUCACCUUCCCCAAGGAAGGAGACCAGACCUCCAACAACAUUCCCGCGGACAUCGUCUUUGUUCUAAAGGACAAGCCGCACAACAUCUUUAAGAGAGACGGCUCUGAUGUCAUCUUCCCUGCCAGGAUCAGCCUGAGGGAGGCUCUCUGCGGCUGCACAGUGAACGUCCCCACUCUGGACGGCAGGACCAUCCCUGUGGUAUUCAAGGAUGUCAUCAGGCCUGGCAUGCGGCGGAAAGUGCCUGGAGAAGGCCUCCCUCUCCCCAAAACACCUGAGAAACGUGGGGACCUCGUCAUCGAGUUCGAAGUGGUCUUCCCCGAGCGGAUCCCUCCGUCGUCCAAAACAGUCCUGGAGCAGGCUCUUCCCAUAUAGCCGCCCGCGCUCCCGAGGACCGAGCGAGGACCUCUGGCCAGAGGGCGGGAGGGCCCAGGGAGGGCUUUCGUCCUGCUGUUUUCCACAGAAUAUAUACAGUCUUUGAAAGUCGUGCACUGGACUUCAGUGGUUUUUCCAGCAGUAGGCAGGCGUGGUCGCAGCAGGGAAGGGUGUUGGCCCCUGCCCUGCUGGACCGCGCAGCCCUCCUGGGAUGGGCUAACCCUGUCCCCAGCCCCUCCCCAGGGGCGUCAGGCACGCCUGCAGCUGGACUCGCCUUUCCGUUGUCCCUUUGUUUCUGGCUGACAGGUGGCAUCUACCUGCCGUCCUGGCUACCGUACCCCAUGCGCUUGUCAGGCUCUGCUGUGUGACUGUCCUUUCAUUCCGUAUUUGUCCCCCACGCCUUGCUCCUCCCUGAAGAACCCUGUCUUUCCUUUUGACCAUCUCAAACUGAGACCAGUUCCCUAGGACUGCGGCCGGCACCAGCAAUACCUCACUGCGGCAGGGCGUGGGGCUUCCCGCUGUCCUGGAGCCAGGCUCUGGGCCCGACCAAAGCAGGAUCCCCGGACCUCCAGCUGCGCGGAAGCAGGUGGCCGGCUCAGUCACACUCGCAAACCUUUGGCUUAGCUGGGCCUUCCUUCAGCCCCAGUCGUUUUUUGUAUGUGUGUGUAACGGACUCUGGACUCUCAGAAGGGUCUGAUCCUUCCGAAUUUUGCACAGCCCUAGAUACAAUCCCUUUUGAUAAAAGGGUCUUAGCUUCUGAUUACAGGAGCGCUGGGACUUCUGUAAAUGCGUUUUUAUAAACCCUGUACAGUGGGUGUGCGCCCAGCAGUCCAGCAGCUGCUGCUCUCCGCGCAGCGCUGCCGCGGUUCUCGAGGCAGACCUUGGGAGUGGGGGAACGAAGCGGAUGUCUGUUCUCUGGAGGCCAGUCUGGUGCUCAGACCUUUAGACUCAUUGUAAGUUGCCACUGCCGACACGGACCAAAGUGUGUGACUUGUCAUUAUGCAGUGUGACAGCAUUAAAAACUGAUGCUAAACCUCAAA